AUGAUGCAGCCAAAUUAUGAGGCGAAAAAACUUCCAAGGUCUACGAAAAAGCAGCAAAAAGCGAUUCUGAAAAGCGUACUUGGCAUGAAAAUAAUAAAAAAAAGCAUUGAAUUGUUAUGUUCCUUAAAAGCGCCGAAUAUGUUUCUGAAAGCCUUUGUUGGUUGGUUCUCUCCUGUUGUUCGAACUCAGUUCUGCAAGAGAAAAAUUACAAUGGCCUUGAUGGUUUUAAUGUGCGUGCAAUGGUUUGAACUUAGUCAUAAUUUCCGCAUUUAUAAUCAUAGAAUUUCAUUACAACCAGUAUUUUUCUACCUUUUUUUCAGAGGAAAGAAAUGUCAUAACCAUUAUUUAAGUUCUUAUAACUUUUGUGUGCUUGUAGAAGUCAUAAAAAAAGUUUCGCAAUUUGACGAUUAUUUGGAUGAUUUGUUGAAUGCAAUCGUUGUGGAUACAAAACCAGUCCAUAAUUAUCACCAUUAUGACAAGCUAUAUGUAAAGAUGAUAAUUACUUCUCAAUUCGAUUCCGAGAUUUCCAACGCAUCCGUUUAUCUGCAACAAUAUCCUGUGAACACCAUCACAAGCAACUUGGUGUUUAUAAGAGAAAUUGUUUAUGAAAUUCUAAAAGUUGUUAUUAUUUCCGGUAAUGCAUUUUUACAAUUCUGA